AUUAUAAUGUAAAAUACAAAAAGAAGAAUUCCCAAACCGCUGCUUUCUAUAGUUGGGCAAAAUAAAGCAGUCUCUCUUAACCUCCCCAAUCCGAAAAAAACCUAAAGACCCGAUAACCACGCCAUGUCUCAGGUGGAUAGCAGAAAUUCAUCAGCAGCGAAGCGUGCAAGAACUGACGGUAGUCGCAGGGAGGAUGACUGGACUUGUCCAAGCUGCGGCAAUGUCAACUUUUCAUUCAGGACAACUUGUAAUAUGCGCAAUUGUACCCAACCCAGGCCAGCUGAUCAUAAUUCGAAAUCUGCUGCCAAGCCCCUGCAAGCACCACAGGGUUACUCAUCAGCUCCAUAUUUAGGUUCUGGUGCACCUUCUUCAAUGUAUAUGGGUAUGCCACCAUAUGGGCCCUCCCUCUUCAAUGGAUCCUCUAUUCCUCCAUAUGACGUUCCGUUCACGGGGGGCUCAGCUUAUCAUUACAACUAUGGCAGCCGCCUUUCUGGUGGCAGUCCAUAUAGACCGUUGCAUAUGUCAGGACCACCUCCUUACUCUGGUGGAUCUAUGAUGGGAAAUGGUGGGAUGUACGCAAUGCCCCCCCUAAUGGACCGGUAUGGAUUGGGUAUGCCAAUGGGCCCUGCAGCUAUGGGGCCGAGGCCAGGUUUUUUCCUAGACGAUAAAUCUCAGAAGGGUUCAGAUGCGACGCGUGAUAAUGACUGGACAUGCCCAAAAUGUGGGAACGUUAACUUCUCUUUUAGAACUUUUUGCAACAUGAGAAAGUGCAAUACACCAAAGCCAGGAUCUCAGGCUGCUAAGUCUGACAAAAAUUCCAAACAAAAAAUGCCGGAGGGAAGCUGGAAGUGUGAAAAAUGCAACAAUAUAAACUACCCAUUCCGGACUAAGUGCAAUAGACAAAAUUGUGGGGCUGAGAAACCUUCUGAGUCAACAAAAUCCCCUUCUCCAGAACCAGAUGAGGUUGAACAGGAUUGUUUCCUAAGCUCCCGUGGUUCCUUUAUCUUCCACGUCCACUGUUCAUGAUGAAUUCGAGCUCAGACCCGAAAAGAAAGGUUAUUCAACGUUGCUUCUGAGGAGAGGGAUAUUGGCGCUCCAGCCAGUGGUAGUUGGCUCCCAAACCCCUCACCAGCGGUCCGAAACUCAGUGACCUGACUGUUUCAUUAUCCCUCCCUCAGUUGAUGCUCAGAACCACCUGUUUUUGCAUUCCAUUCUACGUGGUGCAGUUGCCUGCUUUGCACAAAUUGAGUUUCCACUAACGGGUAGCUAUUACUUUUAACAUUAAAAUGGAAAGAGGUGGUAAAAUCCUAUAAAACGAUGGAGUUCACCUGAUGAAGCAUUUUGCGUGAGAGUAGAAAGCUAAUCUAAUAAAGGAGAAAUCUCAGUUAAUGCGAGAUGUUGGGGACAGGACGAAGCUCAAUUCUAUUGCCUCGUAGCGCGUCAAAAUUUGAUGUGAUUGCCUAAAAUCCAGCAGGUAACGAAGGAGAGAUGAUGCAUGGAUGACAUGUCAUCCAUGCAAAUGACGUCGUGUUUUAUCUUAAAAGGAAUUAAAGGGGCCUAUACUCGAGCCCAAGCAAGUCGAGGCUCAAGGCCCAAGAUCCUUUUUUUCCUCUCUUCAUAUUAUUGUUUUUUAAUGAUUUAGCUUGUUGAAUUUCUUGUUUUUUCUUUUGUUAUUGUAAUAUUAAUAUAAUGAAAUAUAUCAUUUUUGUGUA